AACCGAAAGAAAAACCCCUAAACCUACAGCUGAAAUCGAAACCGUGUGGCGUCGCGUGUUGGGGAUCGUUUUGCAUUUUGUCGGCUCAGCUCUUUAAUUGUGUCACUAAUGAGCCGCAUUUAUGUUAAUCUCGGCACCCGGGACGAGCCCAUCUAAGCCUUUCAAGCGGUCAGGCCGACAACGAUGCCAAUGCCGACGACAGCGGCGACACCGACGACGACGAUGAUGUCGACUCCUGCGGCAUCUUUAUCGCGCGCUGUGUGAAUUAACAUACAACAUACGAAAUACACUCACACGAUACAAAGAUUUCAAAGUGUCUCUUCGCCUCCCUCCCUAUCUCUCUCUCUUACUCUUUCCCUCUCUCGCUCCCUCUCUUUCUACCUGUUGAAUUCUUCGUUUUUGGUAGUUUUCACCUGCUGCGCCGUUUAUGGUUAUUGCCGCAAUUUGGUUGUGACAGUCGGCAGGCGCUUUAUCAUAAAUUAAAAAGUCGUGUAGUCGCAGAGUCGCACAAGUCUCUGCUGUCUGAUCAGUGCGAGUGGUGCAAGUGGCGCGAGUGGUGCGUGUGGUGCUAGAGCUGAUGCUGAUGCUGUUGAUGCCGCUGAUGAAUGAUGCGCUGUUAAGGCCAAGUUAUUUUGCAUGAAUGAAAUCGCAACGAGACGCGACGUGAUAAACGAGCUGCUUCAUCAACUCAGCGCUCUCCGAACGAUGAGUUAAUUUAAAAUGACGCUACACAGAAGGUGUUAAUUAGCAUAUGGACAAAUACAUCAACAACAUCGACAACAACAACUAUUUCGGCUAUCUCAAAACUCAAAGUCAAACUCAGUCAACGAUCUGCAGCUUCAGUUUGUUUACUUUUGCUGUCGUCUGCUCUUUGAGCUCGAUAAUAAUAAAAAAAGCUAUCCAAUGUCUGCAAUUCAUCAGUAAAAAAUCUAUAUAUAUAUAUAGAUAUAUAUAUACAAACGAUAAUAAAAAAUAUGGUGCAAAGCUCAACAAAUUUUCUAUGGCGAGUUCUUAAGUUUCCGAGCCGCGCAUUUAGCAUGAAAAGAAUAUGAGGAAUUAUUGUAUUUCUAUUUGCCUUCCCGUUCGUGCUCGUGAUUGUGUUCGUGCCUGUGUUCGUGCUUGUGCUUGCUUAUUUUCUUUAACGGCGUAGCCAUGUGGAAAAUACACAACAAACUUUUAAUAUACUUACUCUGGAUUAUGGAAAUAAGAUUAGUAUCCAGCUUUACGUCUGUCAUGCUCUGCGGCCGUAUACCCGGUCUGACGAUGGGUCAACGUCAGCUAUGCAGCGAGAUGCCCGAUGCACUGAUCGCACUAGGUGAGGGUCAGCAGCUCGGCGCCCACGAGUGUCAGCAUCAGUUUCGUGGCCAUCGUUGGAAUUGCUCGGAGGUGUGGCAACGCAAUGUAUUCUCCCAUGUUGUGCCAAUCGCUUCGAGGGAGGCUGCUUAUACCUAUGCAAUAGCCAGCGCUGGUGCUGCCUAUGCAGUGACUGCAGCCUGUGCGCGAGGCAACAUUUCGCUCUGCGGCUGCGAUGUGCGGCACAAGACGUCGCCGCCGCCGGAGCCCUGGAAGUGGGGCGGCUGUUCGGCAGAUGUGGAAUUCGGUAUGCGUUAUACGCGGAAAUUUAUGGACGCACGUGAAUUGGAGCGAGAUUCGCGUACGCUCAUGAAUUUGCAUAAUAAUCGCGUGGGGCGCACGCUAGUUAAGAAGCUGCUGCGUACUGAUUGCAAGUGCCAUGGCGUCAGCGGCUCGUGUGUCAUGAAAACCUGCUGGAAAAGCCUGCCGCCCUUUCGCCUGAUUGGUGAGAAGCUAAUGCAAAAAUAUCAAAAAGCCAAAACAGUGCAGGCCCUGAGAGGCAAACGUGGACUGAGAUUAGUAUUAAGCAGAAAGAAGCAUCAGAUGGCGCAGAAGGCCUCACUGAUGGCGCCCAAACGCAUGGAGCUGAUCUAUUUGGAGGCAUCGCCCAAUUAUUGUGAGCGCAGCAUUCAAACGGGCACAUUGGGCACAAGGGGUCGCAUUUGCAAUCGCACUGGUCAUGGCCCACAGAGCUGUGAUCUUUUGUGCUGUGGGCGUGGCCACAAUACGCAGCACAUACAGCGAAGUCAGCAAUGCAGAUGCCAGUUCCAUUGGUGCUGUCAAGUGGAGUGCGAGGUGUGCGACGAGAGUUACGAGGAGUUCACAUGUAAAUAGAGAAUAUAGUUUGCUCGCAAUGAACAGACAGACAGACAGACAGACAGCUAAGCCAGUAAAAGAUGCAAAUGUUGCUAGUAUUACUUAGUUACGAAUAGUUCUUAAUGAUUCUAAUGUUUCUAGUAUUAUGCGAAAUUUCAUGUAUUACAGACCCACACACACACACACACA